ACUAUCAUUGGCGUCAUCACAAUUCAACAAUUUGUUGCCCAUUAAAUUGACAGACAAAUUGAGACGCAAUUCAUUUCACUGGCGACUUUGGUGUUCAAUGUUUUCGUUGCAAAGUGUUUCCCUGUUUUUAUGUGAUAUUUUUGGUCAUUUCAUCUCCUUCCAUCGGUGCAAUUGAAGCCAAAAAUGGCUUUUCAAAUUGACUUUAAGAGUCAAUUGCAAAGUACAUUAAACUCUUGGUUGAUACUUUGCCUAACAUUAAUCACCUUUACCUCUGGUCAAUGGUUAUCUGAAACGGAUUACAUCGCUGGAAAGGUUAAUUACACUCGAUGUUCACCUCCACCUCCUGAUCACAGUAUUUACGAUUAUUCAAUUAAAGACAUUUACCAAGAGAAUGACAUUUCUCUUGGCGAUCAUCAGUCAAAGGCCAUCUUAUUGGUCAAUGUGGCAACCUACUGAGGUUACACCCAUCAUUACAUUGGAAUGAAUGCACUUCUCGAACGUUUCGGACACUCUUCUUUGGCCAUCAUUGGUUUCCCUUGCAACCAAUUUGGAAUGCAAGAACCAGGAUCUGGUGCAAAGGAAAUACUCAAUGGCAUCAAACAUGUUCGUCCUGGUAAAGGAUUUGUCCCUGACUUUAAUUUAACCAUCAAGAUUGACGUCAAUGGUGCCGAUGAGCAUCCAUUGUGGUCAUUUUUAAAGCGCUCUUGCCCAUCAACAAAGAUCAAUUUUGCUCGACAGUCAUCAUUAUAUUAUACACCCUUCCAUGAGCGCGACGUCAAAUGGAAUUGGGAAAAAUUUUUAAUCGAACCCGAAACUGGUUUAGUUUACAAGCGUUACGAUGCUUCUGUUGAUCCGUAUUACAUUGCUGAUGAUAUUGAGUAUCUUUUGUCCCGACGAUCAUCAUCAUCACAAUCACCAUCAGCCUCUUCAUUGACCUCAUCAGCUGAAACUAUUGAUUAACCUUUGAUUCCAUUUUCGUGGAAUCAAAGGUUAAUCAAUAGUUUCAAUAGUUAAUCAAUUAACACCUUUUUUCAGUUAAUAUAUUUAAAGCCAAAUGAUAAUCAUGAUUAUGUCAAUUAACAAGGCAAAUUGAGUGAGAAAAGUUUGUUUGAAUUGAGAUUUGUUUUUCAUUUUUACAUUCAUUUUCGUCGAUUCUUUAUGAUGAGCAAACCUGAAAAAGCUAAUUGUCAUUAGUUUGGGUUUGUUUUGAUGCUCGUUUUCAUUAACAGAGUUCAAUUCAGAGUAAUUGAACAUUCUUCCAGUGCAUUCAUUCCAUUCAGUUACUUCUGAAGCUCUGUUUGAUGGACGAUUUUGAUGUAAAUUGAAGUGAAAUGAGAGAUAAAUUCAAUCUGUCAACUUUAUAUUCAAUCAACGAUUUGUCCUUUAAUUGCCGAAAUAAACUUUUUUUGUUUAAAUGAAA